UGGUGAUAAAGUGUCGGGACACCUUAACCACUCGGCCACCGCGGCCCCUUUUCUUUGAUAUUCUGUCAUAACAAGUAUGAGUCUAAAACAAGCCCAGCAUGCUGUGAUAUGUGAAAUGUGUAAGGUGACAUCAAAUGUUAAUUGGUACUGUUUAAACUGUGAGGAAUACCUUUGCGAAUCAUGCAACUCUUUACAUUUGAGAACUAAACAAACACGAUAUUGCAAAGUAAUUCCAAAACAGCUGUCCGAACUUAAACUUAAGGGUGACAAAAUAUCAUCGAAAGGAAAAUGUCCUUAUCAUAGCCAGGAGACUAUCAAGUUCCUCUGUCAGUCGUGUAACAACACUGAGGUCUGUUUUCAGUGUAUUUUAGAAAAACAUUCCCUGCCUGAUCACCACGACAUUCAACUGAUCUUUAAUACAGCCGACAAACAAGCACUCGAGCGUCAACAGUACAAAAUGCAACUUUUGAAAAGAAAUUUGGAAGCAAAACUACAUAAUUGUGACUCACGUGCCCAAGAAACUAGUGUGGAGAUAGAAAGGCGGGAACGUGUUAAAGCGAAUCUAAAUACCGCAAUACAUGCUCGGGCAGAGGAACUGGAACAGGAAGUGACGAAAGCAAAACAGAAAAUGUUACAACGUGUUCAGAUUUUAUUUUCAGACAGUCAAACACACAUGGCACACACUCGUGGACGGUGUCAACACGUUCGCAAUGAGGUUGAUGACAUUAAAACACAGCUUCAGUUGAAACAGAGGUCAAGCAAUCAAGUUGACCUUAUGACCUUCACACAAGAAAACAUGGAAAAGCUUGAGACAAUUUUAUUACCAGAAAAACCCGAUAACAGUUUCAAUUUCACGCUGGUCCCGAAAGGUACUAUUGACGACAUUUUUGGAAAUCUUACGAACGAACCUGUCCAACAUGAAACUCGAGUACGAGGGGAUAAAACGAAUAUGUACAACGUAGAAAUCUUAAAACAUAUAAAUACUCGCCAGGCUAUAGGGGUUGGGAAAAUAUGUCCGGUAUCUGAUAAAACGGCAUGGAUCUCACGUUCUAACAGAAAGAUGGUAGAGAAAAUAGACAUAACUGGACAAACUAUAAAAUCAGUAGAAGCUCCAUUUAUUGUACAGGAUUUCACUGUAUGUGGCGAGAAGGAUAUGGUCCUGACAGGAGAGUCUAUUGUCUGGAGUAAGGAUCUCACGAUUGAGCAGUCUUCAUUCACAAAUAUCAAGGAUUUUAAGCCUUUUUCCGUGAGAGGUAUCACUAUGGCGACUGGGCAAAAUGUGUUAGUUUGUACCCAUUUGAAUCAAGGGCCGAAUCGAGACCCCGGCAAAGUCGUGUGGCUAUCGUUGACAGGUGAGAUACUCAUGGAGAUUCGUGACGACGCUGAAGAUCCUGCUCUGUGUGAUCCAUACAGGGUUGCCCAUAACAUUUUCAAUGACGAUAUUGCUAUUGCUUGUAGAAACAAUGUGCUUGUUUACUCAAAAACCGGGAACUUGAAACUUAAAUGGACUGGUCUUCGAAAAGAUUUUAAUCCUCAUGGGAUCACGUAUGACAACUAUGGCAACAUCCUAGUAACCUGCUAUAAAAACAACCUCGUGUAUAUGUUGGAAGUGGAUGGCCAGGAGGACGGACAUGUCCUGUUAGAUGGACAGAAACACUCCAUGAUAACAAACCCUUGGGCGGUGGCUGUAGAUGUGUCAGGAAGGAUCUGGCUGGCUGGCACCCAGGGUAGCAUUCACAUGAUCAAAUAUACUACCAGGAUUUAAUAGGAAACCAAGCCGAAACAUCAGUUCCUAGAUGUAUGGUAUUUUGUCCAUACGAUGGUACGUACUUUAAGAUAGGAUUGUGUGUACACAACCAGUGUGUUAAAUAGUAUCUGUAUCGCUGGUAGAACAGUGGAUUAUAUGUCAAGCACUGGGCCUGGGUUCGAUUCCUGUUGUCUGUGUAGUUGUGGUAAUCAUCAUAUUACCAGUAAACAUAUUGCAUUAACAGAGAGGAGGGUUCUAUAUACACAAAACUACAAAAUCGUUUUUUCCAAUCGUAAUGGACUGUUUCAAUAUGUUUAUGACUUUUGACAAAAAAAGGUUAGAAGAAGGGGUGUGCAUAACACAAACAAUAUAUAAACACGUUUCAAUAAAAACAAUAUCAGAUUUCAACAUCAUGUCAAGCACAUGUGUAUAUAUUGAAGGAUAGUACUGUUAAAUCAAAAUUAAUAAUUAUGUAUGUUAUGUAAACAGGAAACACCCCACUAGCUAUUCACUUGUUAUAUUCAAUACACUCAUACAAAAUACACUCAGAGUGAUAACCUGGUCUUUUAGGCUGAAUUCAGCAGAGAUUUCGAAUAUGGAAAUCCAAACAUGUUUCGAUAUUGU